AGAAUUUCGUAAAACCUGAGAUAAGCCAGAAAGUUUUUCGCCAGAAUGCCGUUCAGCGAUACUUUGAAGCUACAUAAUGGCAAGGAAAUGCCGAUCCUGGGUAUUGGAACUUGGCAGGGUAAAGCCGAGGAACUGGAACGUGCUUUGGAUGCCGCCCUGGAAGUCGGCUAUCGUCACAUCGACACUGCAUUCAAUUAUCAGAACGAAGACGUCAUCGGGAAGGUGCUGAAUAAAUGGAUCAGCUCAGGGAAAAUAAAGCGAGAGGAACUCUUCAUCGUGACGAAGUUGCCGAUGAUUGGAAUGACGAGAGAAGGCCCGAAAAAAUUCCUCGAAAAAUCACUGAAAGCUCUUCAACUUGACUACGUUGAUCUGUACUUGGUUCAUGCA